AUGGCAUUACGACCGUUCCCGUUGGGGAACACACCGCUGCAUGCCGUCAUUCGGCGUUCUGCUCGUGAAUUUGAAUGUGUUGAGGCAGUUCCCGCCUCGAAUGCUGUUCGCUCACCUUCAACUGCAUCAUGGGUUUCUGCAGAGUCCCUUGAUAGUAUCAUUUCACUGGCUAACCGCACAUCUGAAGAAAUGGAGGUGGAUCAACUCAUUUAUCGCCUCUGCCGUUCCCUUUACCAUGUGGCCAAGAAAAAAUCUGCACAGAUCCACUGCCACCCCAACCACCAGGAGCGGCAACAACAACAGCAGCAAGCCAGCAGCAGCGGCUGGCGUUCCGUCGAAUGUGAGGGUCACUUCUCCAACAUGCGCGGCCGUGAGGACUGGUGCCCGUUGUUGCACCUCUUUGAUCCAAGGAGUUAUUAUAAGGUGAUGGGGCAACCGAGUCAACACGACGGGUGCAAACUUUGUGGUGAUGUGGUGGGUACAGAGAGCAGUCCUGAAGGUGUUUCGCAGUGGCUGAUGAGCGAAUUGAGCGUAACGCGACUUACGGGUGGCAACAGCAACCACGUGUAUCGGCUGGGCCACGCUUCUUUUCCCAAGAAAGCUGUUCUUCUGCGCGUGUAUGGUGAUGGUGGUGGGGGUGACGUGAUUGACCGGGCCCGGGAUAUUAAAGUGAUGCGACUUAUGAGCAAGUCAGAGAUGGGUCCAGGCUUAUUGCAUACUUUCCACUGGGGCCGCGUUGAGGAAUUUAUGGAUGGUGUGUUGACGUGCACGACGGAGAAGCUCCUUACUUCUCCAUCCCUACUUGCUGAUGUGUAUGGAGGUUUAAGUAAGAUGCAUCAGUUGGAUUACACGCCGCUUCUGCCAGAAAACAUGAGGACAAAGGGGAUGUCUAACGGGCAUAAUUCAUCUCAGAGUGUGAGCGACACGGUUUCUAAAUCAGGUGGUGGACAGGAGGGACCUGACGGCACAGUGGGGGGCGUGAAUGAGCUGGAAAGCACUUGUCAUACCUCUUUCGAGCGUGUAUGUCUCCGGUUGCUUAGGUUAGUGUCCUUGAAUGUGGUGGAGGAACACCGUCACUCGCUUGAGAGCUGGUUAGCUGGUGAGGUCAUGUUCGUGCGAAGGGAACUGCAAUAUCGUGGGAUACCGGUGGUGUUGUCACACAACGAUCUAAACCCUGGAAACAUUCUUCUUUCCGAUGGAGCAGGAGAGGCCAGCGGUACCGUCUUCAGUGACGAGGAGCUGAGAGUGGAGAACACACCGUUGUCAAAGCGUUAUGUGACCCGAAAAGGCAAAAACAUGAACCUUGUGGAGCGCCGUGGUUUCCUUUUUAUUGAUUUUGAGUACGCGGAUGCCAACUACCGCUGCUUCGACCUUGGGAACACGCUUUGCGAGCUGGACUACGACUAUACCCGUGGAACAGAAGCGGGAGGCCGGGGAUUCAUCAAAUAUCUUUUUGUAUUUCCCCCGCCCGCAAUGGAGGAGGCAUGGCGUGGGCUCGGGGAGGAGUACCCCCGCAUGCCGGAGCUCAUUUAUGAUGCCUGGCGUCGUGGCGUGUGUGAUGGAUCGUCGGAUAUCGGCUCUGUGGCUUUGCUCGCCGUGAGACGUUACUUCGCAGAGCGGGACAAUGUGCCACUUGAGACUGUGGAACUCAGUGAAGCUCAGGUUGGGGAGGUGCUGCUUGGUAUGCUCGCCUCGCAUCUCUAUUGGACAAUCUGGUCGAUGACAAUGGGAUCUGCACCGGAUAAUUGCGUUGAAUGCGAGGACUGCGAUGAUCAGAUGUUUGCUGUAGGCGGAAGUGGGCUUGAUUACAUGCGAUAUGGUGAAUGUCGUCUGCGGGAGUACAUUGCUCUGCGUGGUUGGCUCGCAGAGAAGGGGCUUCUUUCCUGA